AACUGUCAAGUCGUUUCCGAUUUCGAGUUCCGACUGUUUUGUUUAUCUAGUAUUUUUCAAGUGAAAUUCUGUAUAAUUAAUUAAAUCUAUUAUUGUUUAUCAUACGUGUUAGCUGUUGUAUAUGCUAUAAACAUUUUGCCACGCUUGUACAUUUUGCAGAAUAUUGAUGUUUGAGAUAAGCUUAUCACAUAUCAACACUUCACUUCAAAUUGUUCACAAUUCACUUAAUCAGCAUAAAACAUUGCCGGCGCGGUAAGAACGGACGUGUUUUGAGUUAUAAAAUAAAUAAAAAAUAUUUAUAAUGUCCGGGGAGAGUUCAAGAAUGAAUGGAAACAGGAAAGUGGCGUUAAUUACUGGAAUAACUGGGCAGGAUGGAUCCUAUCUUGCGGAGUUCUUGAUUGAGAAAGGAUAUGAAGUUCACGGAAUACUCAGACGUUCAUCCUCUUUUAAUACAGGCCGAAUUCAGCAUUUAUAUGGUCAGCCAGCGUGCCACACUGGAGGACAGAUGCAUUUACACUAUGGAGACCUAACUGACACCACCUGCCUUAUUAGUAUUAUCACUAAGAUAAGACCCAAAGAGAUAUACAACUUAGGAGCGCAGUCUCACGUGAAAGUGUCGUUCGAACUGAGCGAGUACACCGCCCAGGUGGACGCCCUGGGCACGCUGCGGCUGCUGGAGGCGGUCAGGACUGCUGGCCUGGAGAAGGAGACCAGGAUAUACCAGGCCUCCACCUCCGAGCUGUACGGCAAAGUGGUGGAAGUUCCGCAGACUGAAAAAACACCGUUCUACCCCCGGUCGCCGUAUGCAUGCGCUAAACUAUACGGCUAUUGGAUAGUCAUCAACUACCGCGAAGCUUACGGCAUGUUUGCCUGCAACGGGCUACUCUUCAACCACGAGAGUCCGCGCCGGGGGGAAAACUUCGUCACCAGGAAGAUCACCCGGGGCGUGGCCAAGAUCCAGCUGGGGCUCAUGAAGACCUUGGAGCUGGGCAACCUGGACAGCAAGAGGGAUUGGGGACACGCCAAAGAUUACGUUGAGGCUAUGUGGCUUAUGCUACAACAAGAGGAGCCGGAAGACUUCGUAGUGGCGACAGGCGAGUCGCACAGCGUGCGCGAGUUCGUGGAGAAAGCGUUCGCAUACGUUGGGCGUGCACUAGAGUGGCGCGGCGCGGGGGUGCACGAGACCGGCCACGACGCGGCCUCCGGCGACCUGCUCGUCACCGUCAACCCUAAGUACUUCCGACCCACUGAAGUGGACUUGCUACUAGGCGAUCCAUCAAAGGCGAAGCAGAAGCUGGGCUGGACCCCGCGCGUGACCUUCGACCAGCUCGUCAAAGACAUGAUGGAGGCUGACCUGCAGCUCAUGAAGAAGAACCCACAAGCGUAAAUUGUACCACAAAUAUAGUGACAAUUAUAAGUUUAAAGACAUGCAACUAGAGUCCUUUUCAUGAAAGAAGUCCCUAAAACCUGAACUAAAAUUGACAGCGCCUUACACAAAUGACAAUAUACUCCUAACAAGUUAGCCCGCUUCUAUCAUAGAUUGCAUCGUCAAUUACCAUCAGGUGAGAUUGUAGUCAAGGGAUAACUUGUAGAGAAUAAAAAAAAGGCUACGAGAUUUCUUUUAUGAAAAUGACUUUACCUACAAAGUUAUUCUGUAAUAAAUAUCGCCAUUUAUAUUUUUGUAUUUAGCAAAGAAAGCCUCGUAUUGAUAAGUACUUUGUAUUUAGGCUCGAUUAGUCCGAUUAUUAUUUGAGCAAUUUAUGUUGUUGUUAUUAUCGCGUUUUUAGUCCAUAGUACAGAAUACAUAUGUUAUGUCCUUUUCAUGAAAGAAGUCCCCCAGACGUGGCGCUAAUGUCUUAAUGGCACUCAUUGUCAUUUAAUUUGUGUAAGGCGCUGUCACUUUUAUUUCAAGUUUUUGCCGCGGGACUUCUUUUUUGAAAAGGACUCUACAAGUAUCCAUCGUUCUGUUUGGUCCUAUUCGCUUAUUGUAUGAAUCAAUGCAACAAUUUUUGUUUUUUUUUUUUUUCGUAUCUAAUUUAAAAAUGACAGACUUUGGUGACUUGGUGGCAGAAAUUCUAACAUUACUUAGCUGUGAUAUGAAAAACCAAAUAAAAUUAUGAAUUAAAACUUGUAGCAAAAGUGUUGCAUAAUUUUUACUUUAUUUUAUCUUGAACCAUUCGCGAAUUGGACCAUUUUAAACAAAUUGGAAAGGUAUGAACCUAAUCUAGAUUUAUAGAAAAUAAUCAAAGUACAAUUAACACUCAUAUUUUUUUAUUUUUUCGCCAUAAUCUAAUACUGGCACAUUUUCAACAUAUGAAAAUGUGUUGUGUGCUUGUCAAUAUAUGGCUUUUACUUAUUUUAAUACAUUCCGAAGUUUAUGAAUAUUUAUGAAAAGCGCACAGUACUAAAUAUUAUAAUAGCAGGAUAAUUCACUGGAUAAAGUUGUCUAAAGUCGUAACUUCGACAAUAUUACUUAAUUAUAUAUUCGACGGCCGCGUGGCGCAGUGGGUAGUGACCCUGCUUUCUGCAUCCACGGCCGUGGGUUCGAUUCCCACAACUGGAAAACAUUUGUGUGAUGAGCAUGGGUGUUUUCCAGUGUGUGUGUGUAUUUAUACAUUACAUAAGUAUUUAUAUGUAGUAUAUAAUUGUAUAUGAAUAUUAUAAUAUCAACUAUCUUAGCACCCAUAACACAAGCUACUCUGUAUGCUUACUUUGCGGCUAGAUAGUGAUGUGUAUUGUUUAAGUAUAUUUAUUUAUUUAUUUAUUUAUUACAGUAUUACUUGGUUAGGCCACCAUUUCAGCAGUGUGGUGGGUCGAAGCUCCAUAUACCAAGGCCUGGCUCUGUAAUAGGCUGAUAAUGAAAUGGUGAUAUUUCCCUUAGGGGGUACGACUUUAGGCAAGUUUUAAGCAAAAUACGAUUUUUUUUCUUUCUUUUAUAUUGGAAUGUUUUGUUGUAAGUUGUAUUAUAUAAUAUGUCUUUGACUUUAAGUUAAAAUAGUUGACUUUAAAAUUUUAAAUCGAUUAGUUAUUAUAUUUUAAUAUAAACCUAUUAAGUUAGUAAUUAAUUAAAUAUGUGUGUCAUUUAAACAAUAUUUUAAUUUAUAAACUGAUAGAUUAUAUUUAUUUAGUUUUUGUACCUUAUUAAUGCUAAAAUCUACAAAUAUUAUGAGACGUGCAAUUUCCGAGUAAACUUUCUUUAGGUAACAAAUAAUACUUUAUUAUUAAUUGAAUGAAUACUUUAUUAUUAAUUGUUAAUUAUAUUAUUUGCACUAUUUGUAAUUAUGUACUCGUGUAAUCUAAUUUCAACAAGUUGUUGGUUAGUUGCUUAGCGACAUUUUAUUUUUGUCUAUUAGGUAAAAAAUCAUUAUGUGCAUAUAUUAGGUAAAAAAUCAUUGACCUCUUAUAAUAAAAGGACGCACAAUCAUGUAGAAAAUUUCACUUGAAACUGGCCAAUUUUGCUUUGACAGCUUUAAAAUUAUUGGUAAAGGAAAUUAUACCUUUAGAUAUUCAAUAAAAUCCCAAAUUUAGAGAAAAAUCAACCUUAAGGAUUGAGUUUAAGGUAGAAAUUUGCAAAUGCGACUACUUGAAUUGAUUGCCAAGAAGUUGUAUUUGGCACUCAUUGAGUGGGGACGUUUUUUGAUCGCUGAUUGUGCAUCCACUUUUUAAUAGGAGAUCGAUGUAAAAAAUAUUUAAAACUAUAAUAUAUCCACGUUGCUAAGCAACACAUCGUCAGAUUGAAGAUUCGUUUUUGAAAACUGUUAAGUAUAAUUUUAAACUAAUAAAUAUUUUAAUUUAAUUCACGAAAACGAAUUGACUGCACAAUCAGGAGCGUAUGUAGUGAUUUUAUCUACACUGUAAAUAUACUUGUUGGUAUAUUAAAGUACAUACUGCAGUCUAAAUUGAACUGCAAGUAUUUGUAAAAUAGUACUGUAUUAAAAUGGUUUUUCUAUAACACGAGUCUGAAAUUACCUAACAAAGCAGUGAUAAAUAUUAAAAAAUUGAUGUUUACGUAAAA